AAAAAAUUAAAUUUAAUAUAAAAUAAGAUAUUUCAGAAUUAUGUUUUGAAAAUGAAUUUUGUAUUGGAGAUUUUCUAUCAAGUAGUAACCGGCAAAGUGCCUAACCCCAAUUAAUCCAGCCUUGUCUCCUCCACCAAUAAUUCCGACGACCUCAGAAUCAAAACACCCCAAAAAUUCGAACCAGUAAACCCUAACCAAUUAAUUAACCUCGCCCAAGUCAGGGAAAAGAAGGGGGGGAAUCCAGAGAACCCUCGCCCCGGAAGAAUGUCGGAGACGCCGGAGAAAACCCCGAUUUCGUUGAUCUCGCCGACGAGCUCCCGCUCUGUCACGGAGACGAUAAACGGGUCGCACCAUUUCGUGAUCCAGGGGUAUUCUCUGGCCAAGGGCAUGGGCAUCGGCAAGCACAUAGCCAGCGACGAAUUCACCGUCGGAGGCUACAAAUGGGCGAUUUACUUCUACCCCGACGGUAAGAACCCGGAGGACAAUUCUUCGUACGUGUCCGUUUUCAUUGCCCUGGCGAGCGAGGGUACGGACGUCCGGGCGCUGUUCGAGCUGACUCUGGUUGACCAGAGCGGGAAAGGGAAACAUAAGGUGCAUAGCCAUUUCGAUCGAUCGCUUGAGAGCGGGCCUUACACGCUUAAAUACCGUGGCAGUAUGUGGGGUUACAAGCGUUUUUUUAGGAGAGCUAUGCUUGAAACUUCAGAUUAUCUCAAAGAUGAUUGCUUGAAGAUCAAUUGUACAGUUGGGGUUGUGGUUUCUGCUAUUGAUUGUUCGAGAUUACAUUCAAUUCAGGUUCCCGAUUCUAAUAUUGGGUCAGAUUUUGGUAUGCUUCUGGAAAAUGUCGAUGGUUCUGAUGUUAUUUUUAAUGUUUCUGGGGAGAGAUUCCAUGCCCACAAGUUGGUAUUGGCUGCCCGUUCCCCUAUACUUCGAUCUGAACUUUUUGAAGAAAUGGAUAGUGCCGAACAAGAAAUUAUAGUAUCAGACAUGGAACCCAAAGUUUUUAAGGCCAUGCUACAUUUUAUCUACAGAGAUGCCUUAGUUGAAGAUGACCUGAUAGCGUCCAGCUCUUGUUCAUCUCCUUUGAUUACUGACACAUUGACUGCGAAGUUACUUGCAGCGGCUGAUCGUUAUGAUUUGGGAAGACUAAGAAGGAUGUGUGAAUCUCGUCUUUGCAAGGAUAUAUCUGUAAAUUCUGUUGCACAUAUACUUGCUUUGGCAGAUCGUUUUCAUGCUGCAGAACUGAAAGCUAUUUGCCUUAGAUUUGCUGCUGAGAACCUGGCAGCUGUUAUGCGUUCGGAUGGGUUUGAGUAUCUGAAAGAGAAUUGCCCGGCCCUACAGUCGGAGCUUUUGAAAACAGUGGCUGGCUGUGACGAGGAUUGCAGCAGCAGUGGUGGCGGAAAGUCGAGAAGCGUGUGGGCUCAGCUUUCUGAUGGUGGCGAUACAUGUGGCAGAAGGUUGAGGAAUUUUGGAGCCAUUAAUGUUGUUGAUGAUUAUGAAAGCUCUUCAGCUGAUGAUGGGUCUAUCAGAUGGCUUCUUCAACCAAUUGGUGAUGGUGACUCGAGGCACAUAGGUUAUAAGGUCGAAAUGCCUGGGCCAUUUGAAAUUCUUUCCAAUGUGGUGACUGUUGGGCGUGAUCGUGAAAAAACCGAUAUAGUUAUUCCAGUGCCGACAGUCUCUUCUCUGCACGCGCGGAUUGAAAGGACAGAUGAGAAUCUGUUGAUUACCGAUUUCAAUAGCACAAACGGUACUUUCAUCAACGAGAGAAGGCUUCAACCGGGUGUUGUUGUCUCGGCAUUACCUGGAAAUCUCAUCACAUUUGGGGACACCAAUUUAGCAAUAUUCAAAGUAUAUAAGAACUUCCAGGUUCCAGGUGAAGAGGAAGGGAUUUCAUCUUCUUGA